UGGCCUGCCCUGCCUUCCUGGGUUGAGGAAACAGGAAAAAGCUGGGGAGAGGCAGGUCUGCCAGGCAGUGGUGGUCAGUGCCCAGCUAGGAUGGGCUCUGUCUGGGGCCUGGCUCUGCCUCUUCUUUUCUUCUGCUGGGAUGCUGAUGUCUUUGGGAACUCUGCAGGCCUCGGUACCAGCAGCCCAGUUUUUUUGGUGACAAACACAACAGAAGUGCCUGCCUUGCCUCAAGGAGUGAGGAUAAAGACAGAGGGAGCCUUCCAAAGCACUGACCUUGCUGAGUACUCAACAGUGAGCCAUGCUUCUUUGGAAACUCAAUUCCUGAGCGCUAAGGCCAUUUCUAAGACCUUUAUACCAACCAGUACCAUUUCAGAAAGCCCAAACACUUCCCCUGUUACAGAAACCACGGAGACCCAGACCACCUACACAGCAGCAGUGACCCUGGAGUCCCAGACCACUUCCCCUGCAGAAGAGACCAGGAAGACCCAGAAAACCUACCCUGCAGAAGAGACUAGAGAACCCCAGCCCACCUAUACUGCAGCAGCCACCCUGAAGUCCCAGGCCACUUUCUCUGUAAUAGAGACCAGAAAGACCCAGACCACGCCCCUUGAAGCAGAGACCAGGUUAGCCCAGGACACUUCCCUGGAAACAGAGGCUGGGAAGCUGCAAACUACUACCUCUGUAGCAGAGACCAGGCUUCCUCAGACCACUUUCUCCCAGACCAGAGUACUUAGGAAGAUAAUAACUUCCAACUUUGUGGCUGUGCUCACCACCCCUAUGGAGACUUCUGCAACAAGUGGCAAUCUCCGGAGAACAGGAGUAAGCCUGGUUGAGACUGGUAUAGGCCCUGGUCCCACAGACGUCACCUUUUCCACCAUCUGUACUGAUGAUAGCUCUGAAGAAGCAAACAGGGUCACGAUUGGCUUCUUGACAUUGGCAAACACCUCCAAAGAAGCUGAGAGCCUGUCCUCAGAAAGCAGCUCCUCUUCAGAGAGCUCAGUUCAGGUCAUCUUCAGCCCACAAAUGAGGGGACCUGACACUGAGACUCCAGCUAAAGACCUGUUUGCCUAUGGCAUCACCCACAUUGAAUUUGGCAACUGUAGCAUCACAGAUAUAGAAACAGCUGCCAUCAUCUCUGGUACCUCAGACACAGACCAGAGCUCUGCAGGAGGGAUGGCCUUGUCCACCUCUAAGACAUCAGCUAUGUCCCACUCCACUGAGGCAAUGUCACAUAUCUCUCAGACCACAAAAUCAGCCACCCUUGAGACCACACUCCCCAUUAGCAGCACCAUAGAAAGCAAACCGACAGCAGCCAAGAAGACCACCCCCAGUACAACUUUGGUAACAGUUACAAGGAACCCAUUGGAAGAAACCUCAGCCCUCUCUAUUGAAAAACAAAGCCAGACUGAACUCUUAAGAACAGCCUCCAUGGAUGCUGGGUCAACAGUGGACAAUGUGAUUUCUUUUGCUCAUUCCUCAGCUUUGGUCAACAGCCCCCCAGCAUUAACCACGACCAAGUAUUCCAUCCCCUCUGAGAGGGUUACCACAGAUGGCAUAACCAACAGGCCCUUCUUUAUCAGUGGAAACCCUUUUCCUUUUUUCUAUUUGACUACAACCAGACUCAACAAGAAAACAAGCAUUACCUUAGCCCAGACUACAGCCUCACCAAAGACCCUGAUGAAGUUCUCAACAUCUAUUCCUACAACUUUAUGGAUAAGGCAGACCACAAAAGCUACUCCAGGUGGAGAUAAAGGUUUCCUCCUUGUGCAUCUGACUGUAGCUUCCCCAGAGGACCUUACUGAGCCCAGAGUGACAGAGAGGCUGAUGGAACAGCUCCACUGUGAACUGCGCAACCGUAUGCCACUUACUCAAGUCACCUUACUGCGAGUCAGGAGGGGCUGAAGAAUGACAGAGAACAGAGAAACAGUGAUGCUUGUGGCCUGGGCGCCCAUCACCUGGCUGAGAUGGACCCAGAAGUUUCCCAUGAAGGACCAGCUGGCCCAAGCCUCUUACCCUAGAUGUGGCCACAGGAUCCUGGCUUACUUAUGCCUGAGUGUAUGAGUGAGGGUAAAGGGACUGCCCUGUUUCCAACAAUGCCCUUUACUUCCCCUGGCAAGUGUGUUGUGUUUCAGGAAAGAGACCUUCUCACACGUCCAUGUACUUCCAUCUGGUACUAAAAUGAUACUCAGUGUGAUCCAGAGACUACAUUGAACCCAUGUGCUUUUGGCACUUUUGUUAUAUAGAGAACUUUGUGCAUCCUCACUAUUCUCUUUGUCUUUGUUCCCUAGUUCUUGGUUUGGCUUGGCACUCACCAAGAUUAGCCCUGGAGCCUACUGUACCUUGAGCUAUGGAUUAAUCAGCUUUCCACACUAUAGCAAAAUAUGAGAUAAUUAACUUGAUAAGAGAAAGACUUGUUUUUGCUCACAGUUGUGGAGAUUCCAGGUUUAAAUCAGGCAGACCUAUUGCUUUGGGCCUUAAUUGGGGGUGUUAGAUGACAACAGAGGGGAGUGCAUGCAGAAUAAACUGCUCGCCUGUUAUCAUAUGGGAGGAUGGAAGAGGAAGGUGACACCUCAGUCCCUUUCAAGAACAUGCCCAAGACCCAAGAAUUUAUCACUAGGCCUCAUUUCUUAAAGGUUCUGCCAUCUCCUCAUAGAGCCACCUUGUAGUGGUUUGAAUGUAAAUUGUCCUCCAAGUAUCAUAUGUUUGUGAUUAAGCCUCAUACAUUAUCCCCAGCUGGUAGAGAGCCUUGGGAGGUGGUGCUUUGCUGGGAGUGGGACUUUAACUUUUAUAGACCAGCCUUGAUUGCCAGUUCUAGUUAGCUCAGUCUCUUUGCUUCCUGCUGCUAUAGAAAUGUAAUGCCCUCCUGUCAAUUCCUUUCAUGCUUCUGUACCAUGAUAAAAUGUCUCCUUGAAACUAUGAGUCAGAAAUAAACCGGUUUCUUCUAUAA